AGUAGUUCGAUGUCCUUGUAGCCGUCGCAUCUUGUGUUGUUUGCCUUGCGCUGUCGGGCUCGCUCGCUGCGGUGUUUCUGCAGAGACAUCUGCUGCUCGCCUCUCUUCGUUUUUCUUCUGCGAACUUCUUCGGUCUUUCCUUCCUGCUUCUCUCUCCCACGUGGGCAGUUUCACACGAUCGUUUCUUUAUUCGACAGCGGCCGUAGCCGAACGCACCUUCCUCAUUCUCGACAUCACUGAUACGGUCAGUGUUGUUCGCACUUGCCUUCACCGCUGUCGUCUCCAUUCUUCUCAGUCGCCUCCCGUCACGACCCGCUUCAACGCUCUUUCACCAUUCUUUUUUGGCAAUCGCUGUGCAUUCACGCUCGAUAGGCACCGCCAAUCCGUUGCCUUGCGAGUCCGUCAGUGUCGCAUUGCUUAGUGCCAGCCUGACAUCCGUCUCACUCGCGACCACAGCGAAUAGUCCACAUCAGCCAUGUCACAGGGCCAGGCCAUCUAACGGCCUCUCGAUAUUUUUCACUACCUUCACCCCCAUCAACGUCAGCAAGAUCUUCACCUGUCGCAUUGCGACGUGCAAGUUAUUUCGAAUCGAGAGGCGGUUGUUUAACUCUGGGCCGCGGUUGAGACAACACCCGCAAUUGGAAGCUUUUGUUCGGCGCUGCGCAGAUGGCUUCGAAGACGAAUGGCCCACUGGGCAGUGUGGUAGCUUUCGAGGGCCACCCGGAUACCAUUUCCACUCAGUUGCGACUUCUCCCGACAUCCUCGCAGGUGCUGAUCUUGCCGAGCGUUCGGUGCUAUCUGCCGGCCGACAGCCCUGAGCAACCGUUCGAUGCUCGUGUAUACGUGCGGCAAGUUCACGACGCCUUAGUGGCCCGCAAUGAUGCCGCAAGAGCUUUCUUACAAGGCUCUACCCCUUCCAACAAGCGCCUCGUCUUCAUGAACGGUGGCACCCCAAGUGCUCAGGCACUCUGCAUCAGGGCCAUCAUGAUGCAUGAAACCGCUGGCAACAAGGCAGACGCUGAUGCCAUUUUCGACGAUUUGAUAAAAGACGGCAUGGCUGGACUUGAGCAUAACAGACACGCCAGUCACAAGAGGAACACCUUUGGAUACAGCCAGUGCAGUUCGGACCCCGAGUACCUUGAAGACCCCAUAACAAGAGCAAUGCGAGCAGCCGAUGCACUCGAUCGUCAGACCGCCAGCCUACAACCCGCCGAGGGUCUCGAUCUGGCUUUGUAUAGGCGGCAGCGCAGCUCAAGCUUGCCAAUGUACGGAUAUUCAGACGAGUUUGGUGAUGGAGCUCCUUUUUUUGUCUUCGGAGCUCGGAGAGAGAGCCAGGCAUCCGAGGCUGGCAUGGCCCCUGUCACCCCCCAAUCUCCUAGCCUGACUGUCAUCCAGCGCGAGGAGCUCACGCAAAGAUUGAACCGCCUUGGCCGCCUCUCCAUCGCGUCACAAUCAAAUUCGCCAAGCUGCAUUGGAGAGACUUACCAGCCGAAGGCAUCUCAAGAACCACCCGAGGCAGAAGCUCCAUCACCGGUAUCUGACGUCUUCAGCAUUCGCACGCAAGACAACGUCAUCUAUGGCGAGGCCUCGCUUCUAGACGUACGCUCCUCUAUAUGUAGGGGCACAGUGACAAGGGUCAAGUCUCUAGAUAGGAUUUAUCCCUCGAGUCCCAAGUUUCGAGACCUUGGCAUACCGUCGGAGACUUGGCUUGCCGAGCCAGAGACCCCUCGAGUAUCCCGCCCUCAGUCUCUAAUGUUGGUUGCCAGCGACAGAGAUGGUCCGAUUAGCCGGCUAAGCACCAUUGAACAACCCAGGACGGUCAUUGUGCGAUCGAGACUGCCGGUUGUGAAGAUGGCUCCUGUUCCAGAGAACAAGAAAAGGACCACGAAGCCCGCCCGGGCUAGGUCAACGUACAUAGACCGCGGCACGGACGCCACCACCAGCCCGCUCCCGCAGUUUCAACCCAUCUUCACUUGCACGGAGGAUCUAGUCGUUUAUUUGAAAGACGGGGCUCCAGAUGGGGUGCUGGAAGCGGCAAUCGAUGCAUUCAAGGAUGGGCGCUACCCUCUGCUCUCGCACUCACCAACAGCUUCAGAAAAUGGCUGCGCGGCCCAAUCGAUGCCUGGCACCCCCGAAUCUGAAUCACCGGGAACUCAAAAGAGAUCCUCUUUCAGAAAGCCGGAAGAAAGUACUCUGGCGUCCCUGCAGACGCCUGCAGGUGGAGAAGACUAUGACCCAUUCGCAUACGUGCAACCGACAUGGCAACCACGGAAGUCGUCACUGGUUGCGCCGAAAGUAACCAUUGUUCGCCCUCCCACACCGCUCCAGACGCCGCCGCCGACCGUCACUGCAGUGGAACAGGAGCAAAAGUUUCACGAGUUUAUUGUUGCCGCGGACCAAACCGCGGUGGCUGUUCAGAACUCGUUGAGAUCCAUGCUCGGGGAGUAUUUCCCCCCUGAUACAGAAGGCUACCACCAGUUUCAAUUUUCCCUGUUGCCCGAACUUGACGGCCUGUGGAAGCCAAUGUUUCGCACCUUUGGCCCCGAGAGUCCACAAUUCGGUGAUGGCAGAGUGCACCAGAUACUGGCCAUUGGAUCCCAGCAAGGUGUUAAGAAGGAGUACUCCUCGGCGAUCACGGGCCGAUUGGAAAAGCUAGGUAGCAAAUCCAGUGUUCUGGGCCGCGCCGACAGACUUGACUUCCGUUAUCUGUUGGCCAAUGCCAUGCAAGCUUUCACGGCUCAGCCGCUUGCCAACCAGACAUCUGAUAACCCGUUCACAAACCCGUAUUUGCUGGCAACUCUCAUAGUUCCUCACUUGGAGACGUACUUGGCUUUGCAUUCCGAAGUCCGCUACCUAUUGUUGCAGUAUCCGCCUGAACACUUCAAGACCGUCCUGGCGCUGCAAAAGCUGGUUGGAGUUGAGUUAAUGAAGGUAGCGCAAAUCGUCGACCCCAACAGCAAAGCCAACCUACCUUUUACUCAUAUCCGAGGGGCAUCAAUGGGUACAAAAACCGAAGGCAGUCAAACCAAGCGAGCGUCGCCUUCGCCGCGAUCAUCGUUUGACACUCCAGUGUCCAAGGCUAACUAUCUUCUGACAUCAACGGCUUCCGACAGAGACAUUGCGACCUUUGUAUCAACCGUUUGGAAUGUCUCCAUGGACGAAUCUGACUCGGAAGCUACCGAAUCGGUGGCAGAAAGAGUGUCAAAGCACAAGACUAAGCCGUCGCCUCUCAGAAUCAAGGGCAACAUCUCACCCUUGCCGAAAGUUGGAGCGCAGAGCCCAACAUCGCCGAGGACUUUGAAGAUGCUGCAGCCCGCCCCCGUGUCCGCGGCAUCGACGCUGCGACCGCCGUCCGCAUCGGACACCGUCAAGACGUUUCGAUCAAUCCGGAGCCGGCAGAGUCGAAGGGGCAACAGCAAUCGCGCACCAUCUCAUGCCGAAACCGCCUCGAUCAUGACGUAUGAUCCAAAUGAGGAUAGCGAUUAUGACGUUGAGGAACGCAGGCUCAUGCCUCUGUUCAUGAGGAAGAGCCCAGCUGUAAAGCCAAGUAGUCGCAAGGCGCUCAAGUUCCUUGGCUUGGCUUAACGAAUCAAAAAUGCCUAGUUGGCAUUUAAGUGAGAUGAGGGCUAUAGCUAUUGUAGCUCGGUCAUUCACGUGAAGGAGCCGACUGCGGUGGUUUCAACGUCAACACUCAUUUGCAAUCAACGCCUUUAUUUCCUUUUGCUAAACAUAUUUCCCAUCUAUGCUCCGUCGACUUGGGUGUGCGUGGAGCGAACAUUUUGUUUCUGCCACCAUAGCGGCUGGCAUGUUCUUGGUUUUGGAGGAAUAGAGGCGGGCGUAUCAUAGGUCAGGGCAAACCAGCAUUGGCAGGGAAAGCCCAUUACGUACAUGUAAAUGAGUCAGGUCAGCAUGAGCAGGAUGUGCAAUAGACAAAAUGGUC